GCGCUGUCAGAACCGGAUGUAGUGAAUCUAGCUUCCCCCGCCUCUUCCGGAUCUGCCACAGAUAGACAUGGCGGCACCGGCUUCCAGCUCCAACAAUCCAAUCGUGUUCUUCGAUGUCAGCAUCGGAGGGCAGGAGGUCGGCCGGAUGAAAAUUGAACUCUUUGCAGAUGUUGUUCCGAAAACAGCAGAGAAUUUCAGGCAGUUCUGCACCGGUGAAUUUAGGAAGGACGGUGUCCCUAUAGGAUAUAAAGGAAGCACGUUCCAUAGGGUAAUAAAAGAUUUCAUGAUCCAAGGCGGCGACUUUGUUAAUGGAGAUGGCACUGGAGUUGCAAGUAUAUACAGAGGACCAUUUACAGAUGAGAACUUUAAGCUAAAGCACUCUGCCCCUGGCCUUCUGUCCAUGGCUAACAGCGGCCCCGGAACGAACGGCUGCCAGUUUUUUAUCACAUGCUCGAAGUGCGAUUGGCUGGAUGGGAAGCAUGUGGUUUUUGGUAAGGUUGUUGAUGGACUCCUAGUAAUGAGGAAAAUUGAGAAUGUGCCAACGGGUCCUAACAAUAAACCCAAAUUACCAGUUGUGAUAGCCCAGUGUGGAGAAAUGUAACGGAGGAUAAUAUCACCCCCUCCGUUAUACAAGAUACCAGAGGCCUAUGUUUACAUGUAUGUCUAUUACAUGUACACGCUCGCUGUUCUGUACGUCACGUGGAAAACUGACGGACUAUUGAAAUGAAUUCACCUAUGUUUUCUGGAUUCAGAGGCUGCGGAAAUCCCAGCAAAAAACUGUGUGUUGGAAUUUUCUUUUUUACUUAUAUUUUUCUAAUAAACAACUUGUGUUUAA